UCAUUUUCGUUAAAGGUAAAUUCGUGAGGAUUCUAACGCUGCAUCUAUUCCGGGAAUUUGAGAGACAAAAAUGGUGGCCCUGAGUUUGGUUUCGUUGGGGCGUUUCGCUCUUAUGGUCCUUCUGCUUCUCCAGUGUGGUUUUCUUACAGCUUUUCCGGUCCGAUACAAGAAUGAUUUUCGUCUGAUACCCGUGGCAUUGCUCUAUGCCCCCGCGAUCAUUUACUCGACAUAUUUUCAAGCACAACUUAUUAAGACAUUCUUCACUUGGUUCCUAUACGUUCUCUUUGCCCUGAUACCACACGUUGCUAUCACUUUUGCGCUAUGCAGAGAUGAGCUCGAUAAGCACAACUUUCUUGGGCCGAACUGUCUGAGAGUGAUUCUUUGCAUUACGCCUUUAGUUUUUCUGCUUUUGGUGAAUACGGCUAGCGAUUUGAACGAAUCUGAAGAGUACCAGCGGUUAGCAACGCUAUUGUCCGUUCAGUCAACCAUCGAUCUUUUCGAUGGAGUAGAAAUGUUGGGUAUUGUGAUCGACAACAAGGAAAAUGCACUCGGGAUUUCGAAAGAGUUUGAGACAGGAUUGAUCGUCAUGGCUUGCUUGAGUUUUCUGUUGACCCUGUCACAAGUAAUGGAGAAAGACCUCGGCAACAUUGAUGGGAGCGUUUCGCCUCGUGAAAAAGUGGCGAUUGUUGGAAAUGUUUUACAAAUUUUUGUGGUGAAUUUGCCAUUCCUGAUAAUGCGCCUGGUUGUGUUUAUAAAAUAUAACAAAGAUGAGUCUAUUUUCAUUGCAAAGAAUGGCAUCGCCACAUUUCUAUCUGCUUUUCAGAUUUACUGGAUUAAAAAAACUGAGAGUGAACUACGACUGUGGCAGUAAUACGCCCGCAGAGUAUUAUUCGUUUUCCUUCAAUUUACUACCAUUACUUAACAAGAGUGUGUGCUUGAAAACUAUAAUUAAAGCCAAAUAUUUCAGUUUUAAGAAUCCGUUCAUACGCUAAAUGAUGAAAUCAUGGAUAAAAAAUAGCUAUAACGAGAUGUGCGAUUCUAUCACCUGCGUAUCUUGUGAUAACAUUUGCAUUGGUGAAAUUUUAUCCUGAGAUAAAAGUUGUUGUAUUGAGUCCUCUACAGUUUGAUGAUUGAAUGAUACUAAAUGAAUUGUAGUUACGUCGGUGAAAAUGAGCAGCUUUAACUGCGGUGGUCUAUAAGGAUUUCAAUGUCUAAGAAAAGCCAUAACUACACACGUGUAAAAUUAUUACAAUUUUUUACAUUUUGUAUAUUGAAGAAUGAUGCAAGGCAAGGUUUUCUUCUCUCAAUAUAAAUCAUGAAAAAUGAGAAGAAAUGCCAAAACCUGUUGUCCGGAAUUAUGCUCAUCAGGGGCACAAUUUUGUGAUAUCUCUGAUAACAUUCAGGAAAUUAUGGUCACAUAUUAAUUCAAGCGCUGAUCAAAUAUAUUAUUUAUCCGAAACCACCGAAAAUGAAACUGGGAAACUUACCAAUUUUAGUGGCUGCGCAGUUGAUCCUCGACACACCUUAACAUUUUUUCAAGAUUCGAAUAGAUUUUCGGGAAAUUCCCUAGCCUUCAGAAAACGAAACUGGCAGCGAAGCUUUAUGACUCAAUCCAUGAAAUAAAAUGCUCACUGUUCUUCUU